AUGUCCAGGAAAACCAAACGAUGGCUGUUACAGUUGCAGAUAUUACUCGCCCUGUUAGCGCUCGCGUCGUUCGUUUUCUACCAACAGGUGGGAACCACCGGAGGCAACGUGCUCACUUUCGGCCAGCAACAGCUGCCAAAAACAGUGAGCAACUCUACAAACUAUUCAACUUUGGAAAGAAAAUCAUUACAACACAUCUUGCCUGUCGACGAUGAUCUAUUAGAAAAAGUGUUCAUCACCGUAAAAACUACUGGGAGAAAUCACUUGACCAGAUUGCCUGUAAUUAUAAGGACUUGGUUUCAACUUGCAAAAAAACAGACUUGGUUUUUUACAGACACUAAUGAUCAACAUUUAAGUCGAGUGACGGGUGGUCACGUCAUAAACACUAACUGUUCAGCCACUCAUAGUAGACGCGCGCUGUGCUGUAAAAUGUCUGUCGAAUUGGACGUGUUCCUUGAAACGAAAAAAAAGUGGUUUUGUCACGUAGAUGAUGACAACUAUGUUAAUGUUCCUGCUUUGGAUGAAUUAUUGAAAAUGUAUAAUCCAAUUGGAGAUUGGUAUUUGGGACGUACUAGCACUCCAAAACCAUUACAAAUUCGCGCCAAAUCCCAAAAAACUACAUUUUGGUUUGCUACCGGAGGUGCUGGAUUUUGUUUGAGCCGUGCAUUAGUACUUAAAAUGGCACCAAUAUCUGGGAAUGGGAAACUUAUGGCAAUUGGGGAUCGUAUAGGUCUUCCAGAUGAUGUCAGCGUCGGAUACGUUAUAGAGCAUUUGUUAAAAAUACAACUAACUAGAGUGGAACAAUUUCACUCACACUUGGAGCCAAUGAGACUUAUAAAAAAAGACCUAUUCAACGAACAACUGACAUUUAGUUAUUCCUUGGACAACGAGCCAAACACUGUGGACGUGGAUGGGUUCAACGAAAUCACCGAUCCUACCAGAUUUCUUUCACUUCAUUGUUUUUUGUUUCCUGAAGCUUCGAGCUGUGUCGAAAAAUGA